AUGCUUAUGAAAAUAUUUGUAAAAAAUAAUUUGAAAAUAGAGGAAAUUAAAAAGAUAAUUUCUGAAAAAUUGGAAAAGGAAUGCAAAUUAAAUGUCGAAAAAGAGAACAAGAAAAUUGAAGAAUUAUAUGAAAAAAUUAAAGAAUUAUUAACUAAAGAAAAGAAUGUUGUAACUGCUAAAGGAUUAAAAAAUUUAGAAAAUAAUUUAAACAAAUUAUUUAAAGAAUUCAAAAAAAUUAUUGGUCAAAUUGAAAAUAAAAAUCAGUUAAUGGAGUAUUUUGAUGAAUUGAAAAGUAUUGAGAAAAAAUCUGAAGAAAAGGGACGUCGAGUUGAAAUUAUUGAAAAAAUGGAUAAUUUAGUGAAUGGAGAAAAUUUUAAUGAAUUUGAUGGACGCUUAAAAAAUAAAUUUAAAUUUUUGUUGGAAAAUUGGAAAAAAUUGUUUUUCUCAACUAAAGUACAAAAUGAAGAAACCGAAAAUAUUUUUUAUAAGCAAAUAUUGCCUGAAAGUAACGAAAUUAAAAAGAAAUUUGAAAAUUCUGGUCCCCUUUUUGUUAAAUAUUGUUUAACUAAAAGAAUUGAAAAUUCAUUCAAUAAAGAUGGAACUGUGAAAUUUUCUGAUUUUUUGAGUAAUGGUGUUGGACAGGAAUAUGGAUGGGAAUUGAAUAAAGUUCUGGGGCAAAGACGUAUUGAUAUUGGAUAUUACGAGAAUAUACAAAAACAAAUUAAAGAAGAAUUAAAAAAUGUGUGCAUGAAUGUGGAGGAAGUAAAUCUGAAAAAUUCUUGUAAAUUAUUUUUGGAACAUGAAUUACAAUAUUGGCAUUCUUUUUGUUCUAUUGAUAUAGAACAUUUACGUUUUGAACGUUUUGAAGAAAUGAAUGUUGUUACUAACAGUUAUCAACAUAAAAAAGAAAAAGAAAAAGAAGAUACUUAUGAGGAAGUAUCUUUUGAUGAAUUUGGAGUUGUUAGUAAAUACGAAGAAGAAAUCAAAGGUGCUAGUAAGGAAACAACCUUUGUUGAAGUCAAAGGAGAAAUUGAAGAAUUGGGACGUUGA